UAAAAUGAAAGUAUAUUAUGGUAUACCGAAAGUGCCUGAUAUACAAACUCUAGCUGCGCCUGUUGAAGAAGAGGAAGAAGUGGGUGAUCAAGACAAUCCAGAUAAACCAAAAAAAAAGAAAACAAAAAAGGACCCUUUGUUUUCAAAAAAAACAAAAUCGGAUCCUAAUGCACCUCCAAGUGAUAGAAUUCCAGUUCCUGAUUUGAAAGACAAUGAUAAAAUUGAAAAAGUAAAAGCGUUGAGAGAAGCAUCGAAAAGGAUAUCUUUGGGAUCGGAAUUAUUACCUUCCUGUUGUUGUUAUACACUUUUAAAUGCAAGUUAUUCAGUUUGUUGUGCUGAGAUUUCAGAGGACUCAAGUAUGCUUGCCGUAGGAUUUAAUGAUUCCAUUAUAAAAGUAUGGACAUUGGUACCCCAAAAACUAAAAGCAAUGAAAUCUGCAGAUCAACUUGAGGACGUUAAUAUAGAAGCUGAUGAUGUUCUGAUCCCAAACAUGCACACCCCGAGCCAAAACCAAGCGCGACCCGGAGCCGACGAGGACAAUUUUUCUGACACCCUUUCUGCGGAGCCAUGUCGGUUCCACCGCCAAAAGAAGGGGAGAUUGGUCGUCUAA